GGCAGCAUGCAGGAAGCAUAAACCCAAGACGUCUGGAAGGAAUUAGCUAAAGAAGUAGUUCCUGACUUUAACCUGUAUGUUUGGGAAAACUUGAAUAGCCAACAGCACAUCUCACCAACAUUGACUACUGUUGGAUGACAGAUUUUUUUUUUUUUUUUUUUUUUUACUGACUUUUAUAUUUACUGAUGUAAAUAUCACAUUAUGCCUAAGCUGACUGACAACAUGAUUACACUUAUUUGUGUACACAUUAAAUGUAUACACUGUCUAAGUAAUAUGCGCAGGAAGCGUUAAAAGAAGAAAAAAAAUACUUAAAUAAUUUCAGUCAUUCAGAGAAAGGAGACUUUGAAAUUUGCACAGCCUAUUUUCUUUAUGAAGACCAUUUAAAAACGCUUGGCGAGUGUUUUUGCAAAAGUGACUUGAGAAGAGACAAUUUCUGCUGAGACGUUUUCCCUCGAACCCUGCCAAACGAGUCUAUGCAGACUACAUCCUUUUGAGGGACCAUAGAGGCACUCCCAGCUGCUUCAAGAUGAGAUGUGACAAAGCUCUCACCUAUCUAAGGAUUUUCGGGACAACAGUGUUUGGAGUCUCGCUCCUCGUGGGGAUCUCCACUGCCUACAUAAUGGGCUACCAGUUCUUCACGACGGCGCGGAACCACGUUUCUUUUGGCCUGUACGGGGCCAUCCUGGUCGUCCACCUCAUCGUCCAAAGCCUCUUCGCCCUCUUGGAGCAUCGGAAGAUGCGGAGAUCCCUGGAGACGCCCAUCAAACUCACCAAGUCCCUGGCGCUGUGCAUCGCGGCCUACCAGGAGGACCCGGCGUACCUGAAGAAGUGCUUGAUAUCGGUCAAGAGGCUGACGUACCCGGGCAUCAAGAUCAUCAUGGUGAUCGACGGGAAUAACGACGAUGACAGCUACAUGAUGGACAUCUUCCGGGACAUCAUGGGGAGGGACAAAGCCGCCACCUACGUCUGGAAAAGCAACUACCACCACAGGGGGCCCGAGGAGACGGACGAGACCUAUGCCGAGAGCCUGAAGGCCGUCUCGCGCCUGGUGCUCGGCAAUAAAUGUGUCUGCAUCAUGCAGAAGUGGGGAGGCAAGCGGGAAGUCAUGUAUACCGCCUUCAGAGCCUUGGGGAGGAGUGUGGACUAUGUGCAGGUGUGCGACUCUGACACCAUGCUGGACCCUGCGUCUUCUGUGGAGAUGGUGAAGGUUCUAGAAGAAGAUCCCAUGGUCGGAGGAGUAGGAGGAGAUGUGCAGAUCCUGAACAAAUACGAGUCUUGGAUCUCAUUCCUUAGCAGCGUACGUUACUGGAUGGCCUUCAACAUCGAGCGAGCCUGCCAGUCCUACUUUGGCUGCGUUCAGUGCAUCAGUGGACCUCUGGGGAUGUACCGGAACAACCUACUCCACGAAUUCAUCGAGGACUGGUACAAUCAGACCUUCAUGGGGAGCCACUGUAGCUUCGGCGACGACCGCCACCUGACCAAUCGCGUGCUGAGCCUGGGCUACGCCACCAAGUACACUGCCCGGUCCAAGUGUCUCACCGAGACCCCCAUCACAUACCUGCGCUGGCUGAACCAGCAGACGCGCUGGAGCAAGUCCUAUUUCCGAGAGUGGCUGUACAACGCCAUGUGGUUCCAUAAGCACCACCUCUGGAUGACCUAUGAAGCCGUCAUCACAGGGUUCUUCCCCUUCUUCCUCAUCGCCACGGCCAUACAGCUCUUCUACCAGGGACGGAUCUGGAACAUCCUGCUCUUCCUGUUGAUUGUCCAGGCGGUCGCCCUCAUCAAGUCUACCAUCGCCUCCUGCCUGAGGGGCAACAUUGUCAUGGUCUUCAUGUCCUUCUACUCAGUGUUAUACAUGUCCAGUCUGCUACCGGCAAAGAUGUUCGCCAUCGCCACCAUUAACAAGGCUGGAUGGGGCACGUCGGGAAGGAAGACAAUUGUGACGAACUUCAUAGGGCUCGUUCCCAUAUCCAUUUGGUUCACAAUCCUUUUUUUCGGUAUUAUCUACACGGUCGUCCAGGAAACCAGAAAAACGUUCCCAGAGUCUGAAAAGGUCAUCUUCAUCAUUGGUGCAAUAGUAUACGCCAGCUACUGGGUGAUGCUACUGACGUUGUACACAGUGCUGAUCAAUAAGUGUGGCAAGAGGAAAAAAGAACAGCAGUACGACAUGGUGCUUGAUGUAUGACAUCACUUCCUCAUCCUCCCUCCUUGAACUCCUCGGAUACGUCCCAACUGGCACCCUAUUCCCACUGUAGUACACUAGUUUUGACAAGGACCCAAAUAGCGCUGUGGUCAAAACAAAUGCACUUUCGAGGGAUUAGGGCGCCAUUUGAACAUAGUCGUUCUCCCUCUCAACGUUUACAAAGUGAAGAAUGUCAAACUGCUCUUUGAUUGGUGGACUCGGUGCAACGUUUGAAUGCUAACGAGAGACAUAUCAUUGCUGCUGUGACUGAAACUACACACUACAGAUACGUCCUUUAAAAGUGUUACUAUUGUGAUACUAUUGUGGUAAGUCUUGCUAAAUGGAAAACCACCAAAUGGACUUCUUGUUUCUUUACAUAGAUACAAGGAGAUGACAUGAGAAUAAAAAUAUUCUAUGCACUUUCAUGUCUCACUCCCAUCGUGCAUAAUGCUUGACAGAGUAAUUUUUGAAUAUAAAAUACCUCAGUGGUUUAGUGGUUUGCGUUGUGGACGUGAGUAAUCGGAAUGUGGCAGAAAAAUAACAUAAUUUAUGAUAUUUUUGUCAAACUUUUUAUACACUAAGUCAAAGCUGUAAUUUCUCUGCCUUUUGUCUAUGCUGUAGUUGAGAAGCCGUUACUUUGUAAUUUACAUAUUGUAUUUUGUUGCCUUUUUAUAUAGACAUUUUUAUUAUAUUUUUUGCUUUAAUAG